UUUUUCACCCCUUCCACCUGUCUUUCAAAAGGAGCGACAGCGAGGUGAUUUGGCGCGAGUGGCCAGCGUUCAGUCACAUCCGAGGCGACCUGUGGGAGGGCGGCUGGCCGGCUGUGUGCCUCUCCCUGUCAAACUGCGAAGUGGAGACGAAAACGGAUUGGCUCCAAAAUGCCUUUACAACGCCUUGAGUGCCCACUGGACAUUGCCUGUUGCAGCAAUUGCCUGAAAGCGUGAUUCCUUCGUAUCAUUUAAAACUACGGUUUGGGAGAAGAUUCCUCCACCGCCCCCCGCCCCCGCCCCCGCCCCCCUUUGAGCUUUGCUAACUUUUUUCCGGAUCGCUGAAUACCUGUUUUCAGACAAGCAGUUUUGCGUUGCGGCCAUUGCGACUUUAAGGCAGGUCUGGUCUCUCUCUGUCAGUAUAAACAGAAGAUCCAAGUUGUCUCAAACAAGGGACGGACAUCUCUCCUCCUCUUCUCUCUCUGCUGGCGGCAGCCAGUUUAAGCGCCAUCCGCCGCCCCCCCACCCCCCCCCACUCCAGUGCAUGAAGAGAGGCUCAAACUGCUUCAUGUCUCGGGGAACAAGUCAUCAAGGACAACUUAACUGUGAAGAGACAGAACGUCUUUCUGGAACAUUCUAACCCUCCUCAAACAACAAGAGAAAGUUUGUGGGACCCUUUCAAAUUCGAAGCGAUUUGCCGUCUUUUAGUGCGGUAAUCCCGCCCCAGUUUAACGUGUUGAAUUUUAAUCGUGCAGGCGGAAUGCUGACCGCUGACCUGCCAUUUACUCUCUACCCCUGGAUUCUGAGUCGCUAUCUUCUCACUUUGCUGGUGUUUUUCUUUCAGCUUUCUCAGGGCGAACUCCAGAAAUCAGGCGGGAGAUCGGUUUUUGAGACGGUGACUGACAGCUGCCAUGAGAUCUGCUCGUGUCGACCUCCCCCGUUACCCCCGCCACCGCCCCCCCCGCCACCGCCCAGGCAAUUGGCAUCUCCAACUGUAAAACCAACAGAUUAUCCUCCAUUAAAGCCCUGGUGGAAGGACAUGGUCAUUUUAAUCGCUGUGGGUUGUGCCACACUUGUUUUCCUGGUGAUAGCUGUAAUUGUCUGCUACAAAGCAAUAAAAAGGAAGCCGAUGCGGAAAGAAGAGAAUGGGACAAGUCGAGCUGAAUAUGCAAUGACCUCCCAAAAUGACAAAAUGCCGGACGCAAAUAGUGCAAUCAUUUAGCUUCUUAAAAAUACUGCCACCAAGUUAUUUCAAGACAAGAGAGUGUCUAGUUUAAAAUACACACUUGUGUUGUGUGUAAAGGUUGAAAAGGUGUUCCGAAGAUAAGGACUUCAUUUAAGAAAAAAGUGAACACAUCAGUUAUUCAGAGCAGAGAAACAGACUUCCCUUCAGCCACAUUGACUGUGAGGUGAAGGAUAAGCCUGCCAAUCAAACUAAAUAUGAGACAAGGCCUCAUAAUAAGGCAUAAUCGCUGCUUGCAGCUUCCGUUGAAAGCAACAACUUCAAGAUGCCUCAAUCCUGGGUGAAUCUCAACUACUUCUUGCAAACAAUCUAUAAACUCUCUCUAAAAUAACUGCAAUCUACUAGAAUAGUUUUAACAUGCUGUAUUCAGUUGCGACCGGAGGUGGUCAUGUUGAAGCCUUUACCUGCUUGACCAAUGUCUCCAGAAUAAAACAGGCUACAGUGAAAGGGAGCAGAUCGCUUCCAUAAAACCAAUGGACCAACAAAGUUCAUCACACACAGCGCGUUUGCAGUCUGAUUGACUAUGCAAUUUCCUUUAACUGAAGACAUCUCAUCAAAAUGUACUAAUUUUUUCAGAAAAUAUAGCCAGUAAAGUUUUGUGAAUCACUUUGAAAACAGGUGCUUCAUUGGCAUAUCAUAGUUUUAUUUUGUUGGUUAAAGCCUUUUUUACACUGGCAGGUUUUAUCCCAGGUUGCUUAUUUUAAAUCACAAUAAAGAAUGCUGUUAAUAGUCACAAACUUGGUAAAAUAUUACAUUUCUUUUUUCAGGACCAAAUCAAGUGGUUUAUACUUCAACUGAACUUAGAAACAUUUAUUUUCUAUAUCAAACAUGUACUGUAUAAUGAUUUGUAGAACUUUGAACAUAAUGUUUUGUAAUAAACAUUGUUGAACUUGUUCUGCCACCAAUGAAUAUUGUCAAAGUCAGUCAGGGCAGAUUUCUCAUCACUUCCCAUUUCCUUAAACUUUUGCAUUAUUUGCAUUGAUGCUUUUCACUUCUGGAUUCUUGUUUAUAUAAAUAUUUCUAAUACAUUUUCCAUUGUACUUUAAAGAUUGCUUCUAAUUUACAAAGAAAACUUCCUUUUUAAUCUAAGAGUAUGUUCUGCAAAUGGCCUGUUUUAGGCUCGGAGUUCUUUUAUGACACAUGAAAGAAAUUUGAAAGAGUUGUGUGUGCCUUUCACAUCUAUGAUUCUGAAACUGAAGCGAAUUGACUUCAAAAGCAAAUGUAGUCCAGUGUAAAAAAGGCUCUAAUUUAUCGAAGAUAUGACUAAAAUACAUCUCUGGUUUUAUGAUGUUUUCUAAUACUAAAGCCACAUUUCAUUCUUCUUUAAUGAACAACAAAUAAUUAUGUUCUGUGGUAACUGCUGAUAAUAUUCAAUAAUGGGUUAAACUGUCUAAAUCUUAACCGUAAAGUUCCUGAGUUAUUCCUUUUUAUGUUUAUGAUUUGUACACAUAGAACAUGGCCUUUUGUUACAUAUUCAAAUUGACUGCAUGCAAAAGUGAGAAUGUACGUAGACCGAAUGCAGAAAUGAUUAGCAUGGCCCAGGUUCAGGAUCAGCUUCCUCUGAUUGCAAUCUUCUAAACUCUCCACAAAGCUUUUAGAAGCACAUAGGUUUAUAAUCUAGUCAUUUAAUUCGUAAAUACCUGUUCUUGUAAAUUCUUAAACAGUGAAGCAACUUUGUGCAGGUUAUCCAACAAAUGUUGCUUGCAUCAACACUUAGUAGCCAACCAGUGUACUUUUCUGUAGAUGAUUACAAAGGAGUCAGAAAUUGGCUUUGAUGCCUUGUGGCCAUGAUUGAAGUCCAUGUAUAGAAUUAAACACAGAGCAAAAGUUUUGAACAAUGUCAGUUUUCCUCCUAGAAUCAGCAUCCUUUUGAUACCCAAGCUAGACAGCCUCCAACCACUAUGCUACAUCUAAACUUAUUGAUCUGCACGUAAAUGAAAUGUUGAUCACAAAGGGCUACAAUACUGUACCCAUAAUUUCCCAGCUUUUGUGGUAGCUCAGCACUGGAAGUGUUGGAUGUUGAAUUUACUCUUUGCUCUUUUCAGCCUUGAAAGGGAUCCUUCAACUAGGUUUCUUAAGUUGAAACUUAUGUUCCAAUUCUAUUGCCAUUCAUUAUGGAAGUACUUUCCUAAGCAGUGAAGUAGUAAUUAAGUCAAAAUAGAAUCUGACAAGUAGAAAAACUCCUGUUGGCAAUUGCCGUGGAUAUCUGCAGAAGGCUGCUAAACUGUAUAAAAUGGCAUUCUCUAGAGAUCUGAGAUAUUUCCAUGAUCACUGCACAUCCUCCAGAUACUAUAACAUCCUAAUAAACAUUGAGUCGUAACUUACUGUCAAAAUAAUUAUGAGACUAAUGAUUCUUAUUUUAGCGCAAACGCUCCAGCAACUUCAGAUGAGGGUCAGACACACAAUUGAAUUCAAAUAUUCAAAAGUUGAUGUUUGAGUUGUGCCACUUCACCAUUAGUUUUGUGAAAAUGACGAGUUGCUGCCUGCCUCACUAUGAAAAUGCAUUGAACGGUGUGAAGUUGCUGUAUAUGGGCAGUAGAAACAAACAAACUCACCACACAAAGUUACAUUUUUGAGAUCUCCAAUAAUUAAACCUGAAAGAAAUUAGGCUCCAUACUUGCAAUAGUUAAUUUUCAGUACCAGAGAGAU